AUGAUUGAGUAUUCCAAAAAAAUUAAUGAUUUAGGUUUCACCAUAUUUGGUUAUGUUGUUGCCCCUGAUCCAUUCAAACCAGAAGAAAUACCAUUAUUAUGCAGUUGCAAAGAUAUUAUGAUUGAGUAUUCCAAAAAAAUUAAUGAUUUAGGUUUCACCAUAUUUGAGUUGUUGUCAGAGGCAUUAGGACUUAACCCUUCAUUUCUCAAAGACUUUAAUUGUGCUGAAGGACACAUUAUUCAGGGUCAUUACUAUCCACCAUGCUCUGGACCUGAACUAACUCUGGGUGUUUCUAGUCACACUGAUGCUGACUUCAUCACAUUACUUCUACAAGACCAUAUUGGUGGUCUUCAAGUUCUUCAUGAGGGUCAAUGGGUCAAUGUUCCUCCAGUUCAUGGUGCUCUUGUUGUAAACAUAGGAGAUCUUCUACAACUUAUCACAAAUAGCAAGUUUGUAAGUGUUUAUCACCGAGUCAUAUCAAAGAACAUAGGCCCGAGAAUUUCUGUUGUAAGCUUCUUUGUGAAUACUCCUGAUCCAAUUAAAGGUGAAUCAAAGAUUUAUGGCCCUCUUAAGGAACUGAUAUCAGAAGAAAUUCCGCCGAUCUACAAAAACUUUACUAUAAAAGAAUUUUUGGAUUAUUUUUAUGCAAAAGGCCUUGAUGGGAAUUCUUCCUUGGAGCCCUUCAAGUUAUGAGUAUAGCAUGACAACUUAUUUCCUAUUUUCAUCAAACAUGUCAUUAUCUAUUUGAAUAACAAGUCUCAUUUUCUGCUAUAA